AUGGGGACGCUCGGCGCAGCGGCCAUGGCCACGCUCCUGACCGCCGUCCUUCUCACCGUCCACGUGCCGCCGCCCGCGGUCGCGACAGACCACGUUGUCGGGGGCUCGAUGUGGUCCAUCCCGCUGCGCGACGACAUGUACCUCGCCUGGUCGUACAACACGACGUUCUACGCCGGCGACAAGCCGACAACCUCGGUUCCCGAUAGGGUUCUACGACGUGGUGCAGGUGUCGAGGAGUACGAGGACUGCACCGCCAACGACCCCUACAACAUCAACAACUUCCGCGUCCCACCGGCCGUCGUCCCGCUCGACUACAAAAGUAUGCGCUACUACGUAUGCAGCGUCGGCAACUACUGCAAACUUGGCAUGAAGUUCCGUGUCACGAUCCAACCACGCUAG